AGUUUAGUGUGAAAUGAUCUCGAUAGUUUGCUUGACGUUCCUUGUGGUCCUGAGCAGUGCCCGGUGGAUGCCACCAGCAGGCUCAAUCAGCCUGAUCAAUAGACCAGACUUCGACUUCCUGAACGACGAUUACAAUGUGAGCCAUUCCAGAAGCAAAAGGUACAUAGGGCUCAGCAAAAGAUACAAGUUAAACCGUAGAUAUCAGGAAUGCGUCGCGCCCGGCGAGGUCGAAGGGCACUGCAAGCAUGUCAUCUAUUGCCCUUUGGACGUGGUCGGCAUCUCUGGGAAGGCAGCGUUGGACUACCUCUGCAUUAUUGAAAAAAUCCACGUGGGCGUCUGCUGUCCGGAUGACAUCCUGCUGCAAAGUUUGACGGGAGCUCAAUUGAUUAUGGAUUUACCAGCCGGAGGCGAAGAAUACGAUGACGAAGAUGCAUUUACUGGUUCAGUAUUAAUUUUAAACCACUAGCGCCCUCUCCGACACCAACCCUAAUAGCCAAUCUUACAUGAAAAUAACCCCCUAAAACCACCCCCCAAAAGUCCCAACGAAAAAAACCGCACCACGAU